AUGCCAGAGUCAGAGGAGAAGCCAAAGAGAGAGCCGCGGGAGGAAAUCACACGGCACCGCAUGGUCAUCUGUGAUCAGAGGGUGCCGGGCGGCUUCAGAGAGGCUCAAAAGAAGAUGGAGUUCUUCGUGCAGGUUGUGGGCUCUGACAAGAAGAAGUGCCGGGAGAUCCCGCGAUGCCAGGAGCUCUGGCUAGCUCUACAAGUCAUUCCAGCAACGAAGACAAAGUCUUUUUUGGCAGAUGGUCUACCAUUGCCCGGUGCUGUUAAGGCGCUGGCUUAUACUCGCGGUGCGAGGCUUGAGCACGCCUUUCGCGAGCAGAACGUCUUCAACGGCCAGCGUCCGAGAGACCGGGCGGCUCACUGGGGCAUCGCAGGAGCUGCAGCCGCAGCCGUGGCAGCCAGUCUGGCUCGCUCACAGCGAACCUGCCUGGCAGCGCAGGCCAAGACGAAGCAGAGCAAGGUAUCAAGGUUGAAAGGUGGCGCCAUGCUGACCGUUCGCAAGUCCAAGAACAACUCUCACGUAGCCUUGUGCGACCGCAAGGGUGAGGUCGUGUGGUGCACCACAGAAAAGCGCUACGGCCAGCUACUUCCGAACGCCAACCGUGCCAUAGAGGCCGCGCUCUUCGUUGCAGACAAGCUUGGUGUGGAGUCCAUUGUGCUGCAGGUCAAGGGGGAGAAAGAUAUCUCCGGCUGGGCCAAGGAGACUUUGCAAGAAAUUCUUGCAGAGGCUCUAAAGGAUCCAGAAAGCUCAGGAUUGGUGAGGACACCCUGGACAUUCUUGGAGGUUCACGUUCUGCGAGUCGAAGUCAGCGGUGAAGCCAGCCUCUGUGGUCGCAAGGGGCAGGUCUUGCUCCAGUUCGAUUUAAGCCUCGGUGCGGAGCUGGAGAUCAAGGCAACUCGCUCUUAUGGAGCAGAUUUCCCAAGAUCCCAGCACUGGCCUCGCUGGCCUGCUGUACUUCGAGUCCUUGGCUUCGAGUCGGGGGAAGCGCGUCCAGAAGUCCAGGUUCAGUUUGACGACCCGCAGAGCGAGGUGGCCAGCGAGGUGGCUUGGUUCCUGCACGAGGGCCUUGGCGCCAAGCUGCUUCAGCGGGCACUGGACAGAUGGCGAGCUACCGCAAGGCGAAGGUUUGCUGCGCAGGAGCCUGCUGCAUCGGCCACCGAGACCACGGAGACGGCCACGUCUUGGAUGUCUGCAGAUGCCAUGCUGACGGCCAGCAUGAAACGCAUUCCACAUCCCGUGCGACCGAAGAAGAAGGCAGUUGCGCGCGAGCCCUUGGUGAAGCCCGUGGCAAAGUUUGUGGAGGCAUCGUUGGAGGAAGCGUGGCCUGCGGAGCCGUCAGCCCGCGCCGAGCGGCUCCAUCAGGCUCUCCGGGCACGGCGUUAUGCAGAGGUCUUCGGCCUGUUGGAUAGCCCUGCUUGCAUCCUGAAUCUACCCGUUUCAGAGGAAGGACUCUCUGCCUUGCACUCCGCAGUGCUCAGCAACUCCACCGACAUGCUGUCGCUGAUUCUGCAGGCUCGUGCUGAGCUUGCCCCCAAGGACUUGCCAUGA